UCAUUAAAAUUAACAAAAUAAAGUUUAAUGCUAGAUUAUUUGAACAAAUAUAAGAAAUAUUUUGUUUUUCUUCACUCCGUGACAAAACAAAAAGAGGUGGAUGAAGAUGAAUCAUCUUUCUUUCCAAAGGUUUUUGAUCACUGCUACCACUGUGCGUAUAUAGAAUAAUGUUAGAAAUCGAGUCGGCAAAUAAACAUAACCUAAAGUUUUGUAAGAAUCCCAUGGGAAGCCCCUUUGUGUCUGUACAAUCCCGGUUCGUUAUAUUCCCUAGAUGCGAAUCUUCCCAUAGAAAAAGUUGAUAAAUAAAAUGAUUUGUUUCUGUAACUUUAUUUUAAAGUAAAAUAACGUGUUUCGGGUUAAUUAUACUGUGUUGUAAUAUUCUGGGAAAUAUAUAUCUAAGAUAAGAAAAAUUCUGAUUCCAGAAAAUCGUUUAACGGACUAUGCGUUGUGAAAUUGUUUACAUAUCAACGUCAAAAUGGAAAUUAUUCAGUUAUUAUAUUUUAUUCUAAUAUUAUUUGUAAAAAAUUGUCAAAUAUUAUCAACAUCAAAAUCUGUUAUUGAUAAAUUUUGUAAAACAAAUUCUUUUCCAAGAAUUUGGAACUUUACAACACGAAAAGGAAUAGUAUAUUUAUCUCUUUGCCAAACAGAAAAGGCAGUUUGGCUUGUAGAUUCCCAUUAUGGCAAUAAGUAUAUUGCAGACAGCUUUAAAGUGUUAUAUGCAAAAAAUAAUACCUACGAAUCUCAAGGAGCAUAUAUCUGCAAAACAAAUACACUAUAUUCAAUAAAGAUACAUUUUUUCUGUGAUUCAACAAUUCAGGUUGAACCUCGGUUAACAGAGUACCUAAAUGAUGGGUGUGAUAUUAGUAUUAAUAUGAUGAAUCCUAAUUGUGUUCCUCCGUGUACGGCUAAUGUAGCCGGUCACAUAAUCGAUCUUAGAAGUUUGUCUAGAAACAUUCUGGUGAGAUCUAAUAACAGUAUUUAUAACAUGAGACUUUGCGGGGAAAAUGAUAAAUGUGGAUCGGGUAUUAGUAUUUGCAAGGUACAAAAUUCCACAACAGUUUCCCUAGCAACGUCGGAAUCCCUAAAAGCUAUUUAUACUGGAGAUUUGUUGUAUGUAAAUGGACAUUAUGUUUCCGAUAGUCGAGAAAAAACGCACGUCAAAGUAGAAAUUAUUUGUAAUUGGAAUGAAGAAAUUUCUAAUGCGAGAUAUAUGGAGUCAAACGGUACCAGAAAAAUGCAAAUUUUUCAAGUAGAGUCGAAAUAUGGCUGCGUGAAACUUCCCCAAAUUUGUGAGUUAGAUGACAAAUCAGAUAAAUACAAGUAUAACUUGAAAAAAUUGUACUCUCAGGAUGGUUGGAGGCUUGGAAAUUCGUCGGUUGAUAUUGUUUUAAAUGUGUGUGGACCUUUGAAGUCAUCCACUGAAAAAUGUCAGAAUGCCAAAUCUCAAAUAUGUGAUUUAACCAACGACGUCAACAGAGGAAGUAUUUUUUCUCAGUUUGUAUUAAAUGAUGAUGAAGAUAUCACACUUACUAUAUCAGGUGGAAGUAUUUGCGAUAAAAUUAACAGAAACAAACAUAGCACCAAAAUACUAUUUAAAUGUUCAAUGGAUGAAAAAGGACCACAACUUCAGCGUUUUGAGCAUUGUGAAACUUCCAUUAUAUGGCGAACACCUAAUGCAUGCCCACAAAUACAUAAUUGUACAACAGAAAAACAGAUUUCUGACUGCAUGUAUACAUUGGAUAGCAGGCAAAUUGAUUUUUCUCCGUUACGUGGCGACUAUAAGAUUUCAGAUCCUAAUAAUAAAGUUGAAUAUUUCUUGAAUAUAUGUGAUCUAGUAAACAAUGAAAAUAAUUUGUGUUUAAAAAAAUCAUAUGCAAUGGUUAAAAAAUUAAAUGAACCCAACAUUAAGAGAAGAACGAUUUCUAUUGGGAGGUGGAAAAACACAAAUCUUGUUGCAGAAAAAGAUUAUGCGAUUGGAACUUUUUCUAUUGGUGACUUUUGUUUAGUUGAUGUGUCACAAACUAAAAUAAGAUUUAUCUGUUCAAAAGAUGAGGAUAAUCCAAUUCUUGUCAGUCAUGAUGAAUGUACUUAUGAAUUUGCGUGGAAAACUUCUCUUGUAUGUGCAUCCAACUGCCUGGUCUCGUCAGAUCUAAAUGUAGAAUUUAACUUCGAUUUUGUUAAAUCUAAUAUAGUUCACAUAAAUAAUGAGGAUGGUUCGAUAUUAAAAUUUAAUAUUUGCAAUGAUGUAUAUUCUUUAUGUAAAAAAGAGAAUUGUAAAAAUUAUCCACUUACCCGACGUUACAUCACAAAAUCUGUGAAUCCAUAUAUUUUAAUGUACCUUAAAAGGGAUUGUACAGAUGUAACUGAUUUCAAUAAGAUUCGAAUUACCCUGAUAUGCGACGAAACUGUUCUCCAAUACAAAUAUGAAAAGGAAAAUGUUAUAGACUGCAUAUAUACCCUCACACUAAGGUCCAAUGAAAUUUGUAAAAAAAAUCAAGAGAUUAAAAACACAACCGCAAAUAAUGUUAAAUGUAACAUUACUAGUAACUUCACAGGAUACAAAAUGGAUAUCAGUACUUUAAAACCAAUUGGUGCCCCCAUGAUGAGCUCAUGCCCAAAAAUUAUAUUGAACGUAACACAUAAAUUUGUACAGUUAAAAUAUCCGACAGAUAUUAAUUGCAAAUUACAUGAAACAAAGCGUUCAUUUGCUUACAUUGUUAUUGUUAAUUGUUCCAACAUGGAUCAAUCUUAUUUAAAGAAGAGCACCACUUGUGAAGAAAUAACGGAAAUCUCCAGCAGUGAGGCGUGCAAAUUGUUUAAAUCAGUUAUUAGAAGUAGUCAUGCAGGACUAAUCACUGCGGUGGUCAUAGCGAUUGCACUUGCAAUAGGAAUUGCGUUCACAUUAUGGUAUAGAAGGAAGCCUUCCCCGUGGCAUUCAUACAUAAAAGAUGGUGAAUUAUAAAACCUACUUAAUGUUUGAAGAGUGAAUACCUUUUUGUUUUGAAUUCUUUUAUACAUCAUUAAUAUAAAAAUUAUUAAUUAUUUUGUUUUAUGAAAUAUUAUGUUUCUGUUAAUAUUAAUAAAUGUGUUUUCCA